AGCUUCUCAGAGUAGGAGUGCUGAACAAGGGUCGUUUUUCCCUCUUAGAUCAUAGUGAAUAAGAUUACUAAGGGAACGUUGAGAGCUACUCCACCCUGUCUCUCCCAAGACGAUGAUGAAGAGGACGGCUACUGUCUGGCUGGCCUGGCUGGGCUACAUGUGUCUGGCUCAGGAAGAGGAGGUCUUGGGUUCUGUGGUGAACGUCUACACUGAACUGAAGGAGCUUAGGUCUUUGGUGGGAGAGCUGAGUACUAAGCUCCAUACAGCAGAAGCAGACCUGAAAGAGCAGAGAGCUAUGGUGGAGGAGCUGAAGAAAGAGAGAGAAGGUACAGUAAAUAUAAAUUCAUUAGUAUUUAUAAGCAGACAUUUAUGAAGCAUUUAUAAACAUGUAUUCAGUUUAUUAUCAUGAAAAUGUAUAUAAAGUGUUACCCAAUGCUUUACAGGUCAAUAAUGCUCACAAAUGAAAGUCCUCUUCUUGCUCCUCCCUUUGGUCCUUUUUUUCUACCAAUGGGCAAAUUUGUUUUGCAUCGGGUGGGCGGAGUUUGCUCAUUUUAGACCAUUCCAUUGGUCCUAAAGUGAAAUCUCCACCCACCUGGCGCACCAGGCCAUGCAAAACGAACUCGCCCGUUGUUAGGGAUGAUGAUGCUCUCAUUGCUGUGUUGUUGUUGAUUGAUGUUGUUGUUGUUGUUGUUGCUACUAUCUUUGCUGGCAGAGCAACCCAAGGUAGCCUUCUCAGCAGCCUUGCUGUCGUCUGAAAGUAAACACCAUGGGCCCAUCGACGCAGAGACUAACCUCAUUUUCGGAAAAGUCCUGACCAACAUUGGCAGUGCAUACAACCCAAUCACAGGUCUCGCACUGAACAUGCUGUAUCUACAUCAUUAUUUAUAGCAGGGAUGGUCGAAAACGGCCAGUGAGGUGCAGGAUUGUUUCCCAGCCAGUCAGUAACACAUCCCAUUCAACUAAUCAACUAUUUUCAAUAGCAAUACUGCUUGGCUAGAACAAAAGCCUGCACCAAUAGCGUUCCUUUGUGCAUACGACUGGUCCAUCUGAUAUAAGCCUCUAGUAGCAAUGGCUAAAUGCUAGAUGCAACCACUAUUUAUCAACUCCUUCCAUGUCUCAGGUGUCUUCACAGCGCCAGUGAGAGGGGUCUACUACUUCAGGUUUUCUGGAAACGGCUUUGCAGGCCAUGACAUGGGUCUGAGCAUAUUCAAGGAUAGCGAAAGAAUGAUGUCUGUGUAUGAAUACCAUUCCAGUGGAGAACAGAAUGACCAUGCGUCCAAUGGAGUCACACUGCAGUUGGAGAAGGGAGGAGUGGUCUACAUGCGUCUCUGGAUCAACACAUGGGUCUUCAUCGACGGGCGAUAUGACUACUGCUCCUUCAGUGGCUUCCUGCUCUUUCCUAUGUGAAGCAUACAGCACAAUGUCACAUUUUCCUCUGUCAUGAGAUAAAACCCUGAUGCAGGAAAAUAUAUAAUAAAUAGCCUGUUUUGAAGAUGUUUAUAUUGGUCCACUAAUACAGGACUAGUAAAGGCCC